CAAAAUAUGGAUAGAUUGGUUAACCGAAGGGGACUGCAUAGCUGGCGUGCAUGAUGUAAUUGUCAAAAAUGCUAUUAUUGAUGCAUUCAGAAUAGCACAAGAGCAAAAAUGUAGCUUAUGGGGAGUCUCUUCAAUGAUGAGUGAGGAUAGAAAGAUGUAAUCUUUAAUAGGAAUAAGCAAGAUCUUAAUGAUCAUGGCACUAGUCUCUCCAUCUUUGCUUCAUUACAUUCUUAAGUCUUUCUUUGAUAUUCAUAUUGUUUUUGCUGAGUUACUCCUCACUAGCUUCGUGGAUCGUUGGCUUUCUCCUCCUUUAGGUGCAAUAAAGUUGAAUGUUGAUGGUUGUUUGUUUGGUGAUGGUACCUCUUAACAGAAUUGUUGGUGCAAAUUGGGUGCUGGGAUUUGUUGGGAGGUAACCUGAAAGCAUGGCUUCCGUAAUAUUGUGCACGAGAUGGAUUUCUGGGAGGCUUUUUUCUUGCGCCAGUGUCACCGGGCAAAUGGGUCCAUAUGCUCAGUGGCUGAUUUUUGCAAUUCAUAGGCUUCUAAGGCGUGCUUGGCAGGUUUGUUGUGUCUUGAUUUCUAGGAAUGCAAACAAAUGUGCCAAUGCUUUAACUUGUGGUGGUGCAGCGCAAAGGAAUGACCUCCAAAUCGUUGCGUUUCCUCAGUGGUUACGCAACUUCUGCGAGUUGAUGCUUAUUUGUUUUAGCUUCUAGCUUUUCUUUGUUUCUACCUUCUAUACUCUACCAAAAUCAAGAGCUUAAUGAAAUUGACUUUGAUGAGGGUUAUAUUGACUUGUAACAUUUGUCUGCCACAUGUAAUUGUUUACACAUAGCAUAAGAUGCAGUUCUGAAGACAUUGGGACAUCUUGUAGAAUCGCUACAAGCAAACCAAUUCUCACCACUUUGUCAAGCAGGAGAGCAUGCUAGCUUGCACUGAUCAAUCUUAUUGUAGAAGGAAGCUCUCACUGAUAGAAAGGGCUAGAGCAAUUAAAGGAUGAAGCUUUUUGAAUCAAAGGUUCCCUGGUUCUUUCUGGUUUUGUAUUGCAUCACAAUUUUGGGGGCAAAAGGCCAAAGUACACCUUGCACAAGCACUUUCUUCUCUGCCCUAGUGCAGCUCUUACCUUGCAGGACAGCAGUUGCUCCUUUCAGCCCCAUCCCACCUUCCGACGACUGCUGUAAUGCCGUCAUGGCAUUAGGUCAACCGUGUUUGUGUUUUCUUGUGAAUGGCCCUCCGAUAUCUGGUGUAGACCGGAACAUGGCUUUGCAGCUUCCAGAGAAGUGCGCUGCAAACUUCGAGCCAUGUGAUAUCAUGAAGUGAAGAGGCUAGAGACUAGAGCAGAUAUGCAUUUUUAGACUCGAGUAUUUUUAUUAGGCGCCACCUUUGUAGUGCUUCUCACAAUAAGGUUGCAUGGGAUUAUGUGAUGAAUGAAAAUUAGGUUGAGUUCAAUCCAUGUUGCUGUAUGGUUACAUAGAGCAUCAUGUGAAAACAUAAGUCCUUAUCCAUCAUGCAUGUUCUUUCACUAUGAUCAUUCUAAUAUAUAUCUCUUACUCCACUAUAGCAGCCAUGUUCUGUCUCAUGGUUAUAGUAUGCCUUUUAAAUGUAAAAAAUUCAGACAAGAUUUGGUUAGUCUACGCUCUUUUUGUUCUUAAAUAAAUAAAUGUUGGUUGGACA